UUAUUUUUUCCUUUGCUAUAGCUUUAUCAACACCAGCAUAACAAGCAAAUGAGCUGCCCUGCAAUGGCUCAGUUGCUUUCUAAUACCCUCUACUUCAAACGUUUCUUCCCAUACUAUGCUUUCAAUGUCUUGGGGGGCCUUGACAGUGAGGGAAAGGGCUGUGUGUUCACAUAUGAUGCUGUCAGAUCUUACGAACGGGUGGGAUACAGUGCCCAAGGUUCUGGUGCAACUCUUAUCACACCCUUCUUGGACAACCAACUGAAAUCUCCAAGUCCUCUUUUGUUGCCUGCAAAGGACGCAGUGACUCCACUUUCAGAGGUAGAAGCCAUCGACUUGGUCAAAACCUGUUUCGUUUCAGCAACUGAAAGGGAUAUUUACACAGGAGACAAGGUGGAGAUGCUCGUAUUGAAUGCUAGUGGUCUCCGUCGUGAGUUCAUGGAUCUCAGGAAAGAUUAGACCCAUUCCCUGUUUCUUGUGCUCCAGCUUUCCCAGAAACGAGAUAGAUAGUGUCGAUGAACGCUCAUUUGGGCUCAUUCAGCACAUAAUUUUCCUGGGGCACUUCAGUUUCCUCACCAUUCACAUCGAGUCUCUCUGCAUGUAUUCCUGG